AUGGGUGCUUCUAUGGAGAGUUCAUCUCCAUCUGGAGAUAUGGAGUACAAUAUUCCAAAGACUGCGGAUCAGGUCAAUCUGGAGGCCGACGAGAAGCAGGAUAUCGCCCCUGCAUACAACCAAGAUGCUUUCGGUAACGAGGAGUUCGCGGAGGUCAAAUACAAGGUCUUGAAGUGGUGGCAAUGUGGUCUGCUCAUGGUUGCGGAAACUGUAUCCUUGGGUGUUCUUUCUCUGCCUGCAGCUAUCGCUACUAUGGGCUACGUUCCCUCUGUUAUUGUCUUGGUUGGUCUUGGUGUUAUCACGACAUACACCGGAUACAUUAUGGGUCAGAUGAAGUUGCGAUUCCCGCAAAUCACCACUAUGGCUGAUGCCGCUGAGAUUGUGGCAGGAAAGUUUGGUCGCGAGUUCGUUGGUGCUGCUUGGAGCAUCUUCUUCAUUUUCAUCAUGGCUAGUCACUUGUUGACCUUCACCGUUGCUAUGAACACCAUCACGGAUCACGGAACUUGCACUAUCGUCUUUGGAAUCGUGGCAAUGGUCGUCUCUUUUAUCUGCACCCUCCCUCGAACCCUGGAGAAGAUGUCAUGGCUUUCUAUUGUGUCAUUCAUCUCUAUCUUCUCUGCUGUUCUGAUCACCAUGAUCGCUCUGGGUAUCGAGAGACCCGGUGCUGGCCUCACUGCCGUCACCCAGACCAACCUCUACAACGGAUUCACUGCCGUCACCAACAUUGUCUUCGCUUUCUGCAGUCACGGUGCCUUUUUCGGUUUGAUGGCCGAGCUCCGCAACCCUCGCGACUUUACCAAGUCCCUUUGCUUGCUUCAGGGUCUUGAUAUGACUCUCUACCUUGUUGCUGCUGUGGUUAUCUACCGCUAUGCUGGAGCUGAUGUUACUUCCCCUGCUUUGGGAUCUACCUCGACUAUCGUUUCCAAGGUUGCUUACGGUAUUGCUUUGCCAACAAUUGUCAUUGCCGGUGUCAUCAACGGUCACGUUGCCAUCAAGUACGUCUACGUGCGUAUCUUCCGCGGUACCGACCGUAUGCACAAGCGCGACUGGGUUGCCAUUAGCUCCUGGGUUGGUAUUGCCGCCUGCAUGUGGGUCCUCGCCUGGAUCAUUGCCUCCGCCAUCCCUGUCUUCAGUGACCUCCUGAGUUUGAUCACUGCUCUCUUUGCCAGUUGGUUCUCCUUCGGUUUCCCUUCUAUCCUUUGGUUCCACAUGAACAAGGGAGUCUACUUCUCCUCUCCCCGAAAGAUCGUGUUGACUAUUAUCAACUUGAUCAUUGUCGGAAUCGCCUGUGCUCUUUGUGGUAUGGGUCUCUGGGUUUCUGGAAAAGCUAUCCAUGAUAACCCCAGCAGCGCGAGCUUCUCGUGCGCUAAUAAUGCUUAA